UGUCGCAGUAUCGUCGUUAAUUUUAUGCUUUUAUCGCAGUUGUCGAAAAUUUUGUGCGCGAAACAUUACAAUGGACCAAAAUUUAGAAAAAGAGCUAGAAUCUGAGUUUGGUGAUUUUGGCAUUGAUAUUGAAGGAAAUCUAGCUGUGUUAGAAAAGUUAUGUGAACUUUGUAAAACUUACAAGCUUGAAUCUGCUGAUAUUGUAGCAAGAUGGAUGAGCUUUGCUGUGAACAAAAAUGCAGGUCAAGAUAUAUCUGUUACAGCUUUAGAAGAGUUUGAAAGCAAAAAACUGCUAUUAUCUAAGACACCAUCAGCGAAGAAAUCAUUGUACCAAUCCAAUGUGUAUAAUAUUACAACAAUAAAUAAACUAGAAGCAAAGCAAUAUGAUGAUGAUGACGAUAAUGUUAUUGAAAGUUAUGUUACAACACCUAAAUCUAAGCCCUGUAGUACUAAAAGAUUGCGUAAUGCACCUGAUGGUUACUUACCAAAUAAAAAAGUUGCCUCUUUUAUUUCCACGCCAGUCAAUUUUUCUCCGUCAUCGCUAUCUCCUGGCAUCUCAACUCCAUCUGCAAAGUUUGAAUCUCGUGUUGGAAAAGCUGAAGUUCUUUGUACAUAUGGGGCUUCUGAAAACAUGGAAUGGAAAGGUGUUGGAAAAGAUGUAACUGUUAACAAUUACCCUGAAUAUAAUGUUCGCAAUAAUUACAAGCAUAUGUUCCAGAAAAUUCAAAUCAAAGCUGACAUUCUUAAUGAUAUAAUAACAACACUAUCAAAUCAAAUGAAACAAAACCUAAUGAUUGAUGAUUUUGACAGUUUAGAAAUUAAAACAGAGGAUGUGUUGCAUAUAACUGGCCGUAUCUGUUGUGAUUCAGUGGGUCGACUUAAUUCAAAAUCCAUUGUUUUAGAGGGGAGUAGGGAAUUUUCAACUGGAAAAAGAAUGCCGAUAGAUUUAUCAGAGGCCAAAAAUUAUUCAUUGUUUCCUGGGCAGAUUGUUGCCAUGAGUGGAAAAAAUAUCUCUGGUUCAAAGUUCUUACCAUCCACUAUAUAUACUGGGUGUCGGUUGCCUUUUUACAGUGCCAUUAAUAAAGUUGAUGCUAUAGAUGAAAAUCCGUUUACAAUAUAUGUUGCAUGUGGACCUUUUUCUACAUGCGAUGAAACAACAUUAUCAUACAAUCCAUUGGAAGAUCUUUUGUCAGUGGUGUUAAAAGAAGCACCUGAUAUUCUUUUAAUGCUUGGACCAUUUGUUGAUGUAAAGCAGCCUUUAAUAGAGAGAGGAGAUAUUGAUCAAACCUUUGAAGAACUCUUUCAAUAUUGUUAUCAUCAAGUUUUGGCUGCUGUUAAAAACAUAAGGACUAAGGUUUUAUUUGUUCCCUCUCAAAGAGAUGUAUUUCACACUUUUGUUUAUCCACAACCUCCAUUUGAAGUUGUUGCGGAUGGUGAGAAGAUUCAAAUGAUGUCUGAUCCAUGCACUCUCAUGAUCAAUGAUGUUUGUUUUGGCAUUACAUCUACUGACAUUUUGUUUCACUUAGGUGGAGAGGAAGUAUCAUCUUACGCUGUACGAUCUGACCGCCUAGGAAGACUCGUUGAUCAUUUAUUACAACAGCAGUGCUAUUAUCCCUUGCAUCCAUCAUCUGAAGAUGUAAAUUUGGAUUACGAAAAAUUUGAAUCCUAUGCCUUUAUGCCAGUGACACCUGAUAUUCUUGUUUUACCUUCCGAUUUAAGAUAUUUUAUAAAGGAUUUAGAAGGUUGUUUGUGCAUAAAUCCAGGUCGUUUGGUCAAAGGGCAAACAGGUGGAACUUUUCUCAAGUUGUUAGUAAAACCACGGAAACCUCAAAAUUUGAAUAAAUCAUCAGCGGUCACUGACAGCGUUGCACAUAUUGUGCGAAUAUAACUUACAGAAAUUUAAUUAUUUUAUUAUAUUUUAUUAUUUA